AUGGAAGCGAUACUGGUGGACUGUGUGAACAACAGUCUCCGCCACUUCAUGUUUGGAAACGCCAUUUUCAUGUGCGAACGCCUCUGCGCCGAGUUCCCUUCCGAGACAAAUUUAGAGUUGUUAGCUCGGUGCUAUUUGCAAAAUAAUCAAGCCUAUUCUGCUUAUCAUAUCCUUAAAGGAACACAAAUGGCUCAAUCCCGCUACUUGUUUGCAAUAUCAUGCUUUCAGAUGGACCUCUUAAAGGAAGCAGAAGCAGCAUUAUGUCCUGCUAAUGAUCCAGGCGCCGAGGUUCCCAAUGGUGCUGCAGGGCAUUACCUUCUUGGUCUUAUUUACAGGUAUACUGAUAGAAGGAAAAGUGCUAUCGAUCACUUUAAGGAGGCUUUGUUGGCAGAUCCUCUUCUCUGGGCUGCAUACGAAGAGCUGUGUGUAUUAGGUGCUGCUGAAGAGGCAACUGCCAUUUUUGGUGAAGCAGCUUGUCUUGGUAUUCAAAAACAGUACUGCCAUCACCUGGCAGUUACUCACAACAUGCAUGUGUCAAGUGAAGAUCGCACUGCAGCUUCAACUAGAAACUGCAGCUCAGAAGAUGGUAGUCCAAGGCAGCUGAAACAUAUGCAAGGCACUAACUUGAGAGAACUAUCAGGAAAUUGCCAUGUCUCAUCAGCAGGAGUUGGUAGUCAGCCUUCAAAUGGAGGUCCCCCAAGCUUAGGAUUUUACAAUACCCCUUCACCAAUGGCACAGUUCUCGGGCGUUGCACCCCCUCCAUUAUGUAGAAAUCUUCCGGCUAACGGUCCAAAUCUUAGUAAUGCUAAUACUGAUAACUCUCCAAAGUCAGUUGUGAAUGCCAAUUUUCAAGCUCCGCGAAGGAAGGUUGUUGAUGAAGGGAAAUUACGCAAGAUUUCUGGAAGGCUAUUCCCUGAUUCUGGCCCUCGACGUAGUUCAAGACUUGCCGCAGAGGCGGUGACCAACGCAAAUGCGACCACCACGUCAGUUGCGGGGAACGGGAAUGGCAAUUCUUCUAAGUUCCUUGGAGGUUCCAAGUUGGGUUCCAUGGCAAUACGUUCUGUAACCCUUCGUAAAGGACAGUCUUGGGCCAAUGAAAAUUAUGAUGAAGGGAUUCGUAAUGAGGCUUUUGAUGAUGUGCAUGCAAAUGCUCCUUCUACAAAUCCUACUCCGUCACCAUCUGGUGAAACUAGAUCUACUGAAGCAGAUGGAGCAACUGUCCCUGUUGGCACGGCUGUGAUAAGUGCCUCAAAAAUCUUUAGUGGUACUUCUGAAAUAUUAAGCCUCUUAAGAAUUCUUGGAGAAGGCUACAGGUUCUCUUGUUCUUAUAGGUGUCAGGAUGCUCUGGAUGCAUACAUGAAACUACCAUACAAGCACUAUAACACAGGAUGGGUACUUUCCCAGGUUGGAAAAGCAUACUUUGAAUUGGUUGAUUAUCUGGAAGCUGACCGUGCGUUCAGUCUUGCUCGUCGUGCAUCACCAUACAGUUUGGAAGGGUUAGACAUAUAUUCUACUGUUCUUUAUCAUUUGAAGGAAGACAUGAAGUUAAGUUACCUUGCUCAAGAAUUGACAUCGACUGAUCGCUUAGCUCCCCAAUCUUGGUGUGCAAUGGGAAAUUGCUAUAGUUUACAGAAAGACCACGAAACCGCUUUGAAGAAUUUCCAGCGAGCUGCACAACUUAGUUCAAGAUUUGCUUAUGCACAAACACUUUGUGGACACGAAUACGUAGCUUUGGAGGAUUUUGAAAAUGGAAUCAAGUGUUACCAGAAUGCAUUGAGAAUUGAUACCAGACAUUACAAUGCCUGGUAUGGACUUGGAAUGGUCUACCUACGGCAGGAGAAAUUCGAAUUUUCCGAGCACCAUUUCAGGAUGGCUUUCCAAAUAAAUCCACGUUCGUCUGUUAUAAUGUCGUAUCUCGGGACUGCAUUGCAUACGUUAAGGAGAAAUGAAGAAGCGCUGGACAUGAUGGAAAGGGCGAUAUUGGCCGAUCGGAAGAACCCUCUUCCAAUGUAUCAAAAGGCUAAUAUCCUUGUUAGCAUGGAAAGCUUUGAUGAAGCCUUGGAAGUUCUAGAAGAGCUCAAAGAAUAUGCACCUCGUGAAAGCAGCGUCUAUGCAUUGAUGGGUAAAAUUUACAAGAGGCGAAACAUGCACGACAAGGCCAUGCUUCAUUUUGGCCAUGCCUUGGAUUUGAAACCCUCUGCCACAGAUGUCGCUACUAUCAAGGCUGCCAUUGAGAAGCUGCAUGUACCAGAUGAGCUAGAAGACUUGGAUGAUGACUAG